CGAAUUAGCAAAUUGAAAUUGGCAAAUUGCAAGAGUUUUCGAUUCAACAAUGGUGUGGUUUCAGUGCGAUGAUUGUGGCGAGAAUCUGAAGAAGCCAAGGCUACCGAGACACAUGAGUAUGUGCACUGCCACCAAGUUUUCUUGCAUUGACUGUGGAAACAUGUUUGGGCAAGUUAGUGUUCACUAUCAUAAUCAAUGCAUCACCGAAGCUGAGAAAUAUGGUCCAAUGGUGCGAUCUAAUGGCGAAAGUUCGAAACAAAAGCACGAUUUCGAUAUAAAUGCCGAGUUGUUCAACAGUCAAUGGUUUUGUAGCUUAUGUAAUGCAACUAUGACCUGCGAGCAGGAUUAUUUUGCCCAUGUCUAUGGGAAGAAACACCAAGAGAAAGCAAAUGAGGUUGCUGAUAUGGACUACUCGAAACAACAAUCUGAACAUCCAGCAGUUGACAAGAACAAUUUAACACAACAACCCGACUUAGAUAUAUAUGUCGGGUUAUCAAACGACUAUCCAUGGUUCUGUAGCUUGUGUGACAUAAACGCUACCAGCGAGCAGACUUUGUUAGCACAUGCCAAUGGCAAGAAACACCGAGUGAAAGUUGAACGUUUUGAUGCUGAACAACAGAAACGACAAUCAACACAACAUUCCACGGUGGAUAAGAAGGACUACUCAAAACAACAGAUCGAAGUCGAUAUAAAUGUCGGGUUAUCCAAUUGUUAUCCAUGGUUUUGUAGCUUGUGUAACGUGAAGGCUACAUGCCAGCAGAAUUUGCUAUCCCAUGCCAAUGGCAGAAAACACCGAGAAAAUGUCGAAUUGUUUGAUGCUACACAACAACAACAAUUAGAAAAAACUACAGUGGAUAAAAAGGAUACAACUGUCAAUGCUUCGGAUGGUAAUUCCGAACAAAAGAAAGUAGAUUUGCUUGUCUCCUCAGGUGUUGCAAAUGGAUAUUCACAGGCUCACAAAAAGAGAAAGCUAGAGACCUGCGAUGAAACAUGGAAAAGGGAGGUAGUUCAGGCCGAAGAAGCAAAAGGAGGGGGUGAGCAAAAGAGUGAAUCAAAGAAAGCCAAAAAGCAAGACAAAGAGAAGAAGAGAAAGAAGGACAAGAAGCAGACUAAGUCAGACUCUGAUUUCGAGCAUGACAAGGAAGAUAUCAAGCAGCUGUUGGUAGCUUACUCGAAGGAAGAGCUUGUUAACCUCAUAUACAAGACUGCCGAGAAGGGUUCUCGAUUGAUCUCUGCCAUCCUUGAGUCGGCUGACCGUGACAUCGCUCAGCGCAAUAUAUUUGUGCGUGGCUUUGGAUGGGACACAACGCAAGAGAACCUCAAGACGGCUUUUGAGUCUUAUGGGGAGAUAGAGGAGUGCUCGGUAGUCAUGGACAAGGACACGGGAAGAGGUAAAGGUUACGGGUUUGUGAUGUUCAAGACACGGAAGGGAGCGAGAGAGGCAUUGAAAAGACCGGAGAAGAGGAUGUACAACCGCAUCGUGGUAUGUAAUCUAGCAUCAGAGAAGCCGGGCAAGGCUGGAAAGGAGCAGGAUAUGGCUGAACCAGUGAAUAUUGAUCUAACCAAGAUGGCUAAUCAAAGUGAAGCAGUCUUGCCCGGGAUCGAACUGGGUCGCGGACAUGUACUCGAGAAGAUGCACCACCAACAACAACAGACUAUGGACAUGUUCGGACAGAACAUGCCUUUUUAUGGAUACUCUCAUCAGUUUCCUGGUUUUGAUCCUAUGUAUGGUGCAUUAAGUGGUAAUCAAAUGUUAGCUGGUCUACCAAACUAUGGUAUGUUUGGCUCGGGUAUGAUGACGAACCAAGGAUCAAUGUUGCCACCACCGAAUCAUUUAGGCAUGGCAGGGCAAUAUUUUGGUGAUGGGGAACAGGCUUGGCAUCAGAGAUAGCUGAGAUCAUUUGGUAAGGCUUUGUUAUCUCUGAUAUAUUAAUCAGGCUUCCAAUUUUCGGUUAGGCUAAUUACUAAUCUGGUAUCUUCAACCUAUAUUAUACCUGGCAUCUAUGUACCAAACUAAACCAGCUUUUUUGGGUUUUCGAGUUGUGUGAAUAUAUACCAAACUAAACCAGCUUUUUGGGGUUUGAUUCGUUUUGAAUUCUAUAGUUUUCUGUUUGAAUUCUGGUUUACUCGAUUUGGUUCGGUUUAUACCAAAAUUAAAUGCCUUGAAUUCCCCUGGAUGCAUUGCUAAUUGCAAUACCAGCUCUACAAACAUCAUGCCGUCUCAUUUCUAAAAACUAAGAAACCUUGUCGUUUUUAGCGUUCCAAAACAGCGCGUUGUCUGAUACUUGAAUAAACAAAC